AUGGCAGUGGGUCUGACCUUCUGCCUCCUUUACCCCGUGCAGAUUCCCAUCCCGACAGGGGAGGAGGCUAUUGCAGGAGGCGACAGGUUCAUUCAUGAGCGGGACCUGGCCUGGCUGCAGCAGGCAGAUGUGGUUGUGGCAGAAGUGACGCAGCCGUCCUUGGGUGUUGGCUAUGAGCUGGGCCGGGCCAUGGCCCUCAACAAGCAAAUCCUGUGCCUGUUCCGCCCACAGACUGGCCGAGUGCUGUCAGCGAUGGUCCGAGGAGCAGCCGACGGCUCGAGGGUCCAGGUGUGGGACUACGAGGAGGCCGAGGUGGAGGCCAUGCUGGACCGCUACUUUGAGGCCGACCCUCCGCAGCACGCGGCUGCCUCCCAUGAUCCAACUACUUGACCUCACCCCGGGAUUCCUUCCUGGCCCCAUCCCUGCGUCUGAUUAAAGAUCAACAUUCUGUGUG